AUGUCCAUCACACCUGAGCUCAGAGCAUUGGCUCGGUCUGCAUACCGUCAGUUGUUCCGGGCGUCUGCUGUCACUUUCUCUGGUGACGAACCCGUGCUUAGAGCCUUUCGUUCAAAACUGAGGGAGGAUGCGCUUUCUGGCCAGGCAGAGACAGAUCCUGUCCAUUAUCAAGAGCAGACGGAUGGCGCACUGAAGGUCGCCGCUUUUCUUCGACAGAACGUCAUCCAAGCUUCUCGGGUUGCUGGUGAAGAGGAUACUUGGAAGUUGAGGAUCACGAAAGAUACGGAACUGGGGUCAAAUGAUUCCAUAAAAAAUCCCCCACCAAUGGAGACUGAUCGUCAGGCCAGAAGACGAGAGAAGCAACACAAUCUUUCAGAUGCUGCUCGUCCUGACAACAUUGUUCGUGUACCGCGGAUGAAUUUUUCUGUACUUAAAAAAGCACACAAAGAACGUGUUAUACCUGAGCUUAGAGAAGAGGAUCUUGAAGAAACAUUUGUGAGAGGAAGCGGUCCGGGUGGCCAAUCAAUCAAUAAAACCGAAAAUAAUGUUCAGCUGCUCCAUAAACCGACCAUGAUUCGCGUGUCUUGCCAACUAACACGUUCUCUGGAACAGAACAGGAAGUUGGCACGACGCCUUUUGGUUGAAAAGCUGGACAAACUUGCUAAUCCCGGACUAUCAAAAGAAGAGAUGCGCCGAGCGAAACAGCGUGAACGAGAGCGUCGACGCAGAAAGAAAGCUAAGAAAAAAGCUUCCAAAAAUGAUACGGAGGAGGCAGAGUCUUGA